AUGCCAACGAAUGGGAUCCACCAGGUGCUGAAGAUCCAGUUCGGGCUGAUCAACUGCGAGAGCCGCUACCUGACGGCGGAGAGCUUCGGCUACAAGGUGAACGCCUCGGCGCCCAGCCUCAAGCGCAAGCAGAUCUGGACGCUGGAGCAGGAUGAAGCCGACAGCUCCAUCGUCUUCCUCAAGAGCCACCUGGGCCGCUACCUGGGCGCCGACAAGGACGGCAAGGUGCGCUGCGAGGCGGAGCAGCCGGGCCGGGACGAAGGCUUCAGCAUCAUCACGCAGUCGGACGGGCGCUGGGCGCUGCAGUCGGCCCCGCACCGGCGCUUCUUCGGCGGCCGCGAGGACCGCCUGUCCUGCUUCGCCCCCAGCGUGACCGAGGGCGAGCUCUGGACCGUGCACCUGGCCAUGCACCCCCAGGCCAACCUGCUGAGCGUCAGCCGCCGCCGCUACGCGCACCUGAGCGCCCACGAGGACGAGAUCGCCACCGACAGCAACCUGCCGUGGGGCGUGGACGCGCUCAUCACGCUCUGCUUCCAGGACAAGAAGUACAGCCUGCGCACGGCCGACGAGCGCUACCUGCGCUGCGAUGGCACCCUGGUGCCCGAGCCCGGCGCCGGCACCGGCUACACCCUCGAGUUCAAGGCGGGCAAGCUGGCGUUCAAGGACUGCGACGGGAAGUACCUGGCGCCCACCGGACCCACCGGCACCCUCAAAUCCGGCCGCAGCUCCAAGCCGGGCAAAGAUGAACUCUUUGACCUGGAGGAGAGUCACCCCCAGGUGGUGUUCACGGCGGCCAAUGGCAGAUAUGUCUCCAUCCGGCAGGGUGUGAAUGUCUCAGCAAACCAGGACGAGGAGCUGAACCACGAGACCUUCCAGCUGCAGAUCGACCGUGACACCAACAAGUGCAGCCUCCACACCAACACCGGCAGCUACUGGACCCUGGUGGCCCACGGGGGCAUCCAGGCUGUGGCCACCGAAAUCGCUGCCAACACCAUGUUUGACAUCGAGUGGCGCGGGCGGCGCGUGGCCCUGCGCGCCAGCAACGGCCGCUACGUGUGCACCAAGAGGAACGGGCAGCUGGCGGCCGUCAGCGACACUGUGGGGGAGGACGAGGAGUUCACUCUGAAGCUGAUCAACCGGCCCAUGCUGGUGCUGCGGGGCGAGCACGGCUUCGUCUGCUACCACCGGGGCUCCAACCUGCUCGACUCCAACCGCUCCGUCUACGACGUCUUCCACAUCACCUUCAGCGACGGCGCCUACCAGAUCCAAGGCCAGGGGGGCAAGUACUGGUACGUGGCGAGCAGCGGCUCGGUGUGCAGCGACGGGGACCUGUCCGAGGAUUUCUUCUUCGAGUUCCGGGAGCGGGGCCGCGUGGCCAUCAAAGGGAAGAACGGGCGGUACCUGCGCGGGGACCCCGCGGGGACCCUGCGCGCCGACAGCGAGUCCGUGCUGCGGGCCACGCUCUGGGAGUACUGAGCCACCCCCGGAGCCCCCCCCGCGGCCACCCCCCUGUCCCUGUCCCUGGCAAUGCGGGGUGGUGGCAGCUGUGUCCCCCCCCCGCGACUCACGGCAUUAAAGUCACCUGGAUCAU